GCCAUCUACGCUGUCAUUCUUACUUUAAUUUGGCAGCACACAAUCGAGCUCGCGGCAGAGGAAAAAAAGGUUGGCCAAAAAGAAGAAAAUAAAAAAAGCAGAAGGUAAAAGGGCAGAUAGCAGAUCCCGGCGGAAUGGCGGCGCCGCCGCCGGCACCACCACCGACCUUGAAGCCGGAGAUCGGCCCCGACGGCCUUGCCCGAGAUUCUCCCGUAAUCGCCUACACCGAGAAGGUGAUUUUGGAGGAGCAGCUGCAGCUGAAGAAUUUUAGGUACUUACCUUGGAAGCUUUGCAUCUUCGUCACUGCUAGGAUCACAGGGAAGUGUUUAUUGGCAAUAUACAUUCAGGACAACUAUUCCAAAAUUCGUGAAGUUGAAAAGGAGUUAGAAAACCUGACUUUUGAAAUGAAACUAACAGCUGGACCAAAGAAAGCAGCACUUGAGCAUUUGAGGAAAAAGAUUGAAAUGUCAACAGAGAAAAUACGUUUAGCCAAGGUGAAAGAGGAACAGGCAAAGAAGGCCUGGGAAGCUGCUGCACAAGUUGUUAAAGACGAAGAAGAUGCUAAGCAGAAACUUUGUGAUGAUCUGAACCAUCUGGUUGAGGAGAGUGCUGCUACCCAAUAUACAAGAUUAGAGGAACUGAAGAAACGUUUAGAAUCUUUAAAUCCCAGCAGGGCUUCUGUCGAUGUUUCAGGUGUUAAUACCAUACAGCAUGCUACAACAACUUCAGUACCCCAGCCGCCCAUGCCACAAAAUUCUGCCACUUCAACUGGCCCUCUGAAUAAUUGUACAGAGCCCGCCUCUAUUGGGCAGCAGCAAAGACCUGCAGAGUCUGAAAAGAAGAGAAGACCAUCAAACACAAGAGGGAGGGGUGGUGUGAUGAUCCUUCCCAAGGAAAGAUUGAGUUCUGGGUCAGGAUGGACGGGUGCUGGCUUUGAUGUGGGUAGCGGUACAUGACCCAUAGGAUCUCUUGUUGUACUUCACACAUUGAAACCAUUCUCUUGUUCAUUCACAAGAAUCAGACCAGUCUGCUCAAAGAUCUGAAUUAGUCAUUCCAGAGUUUAAGUGUGGAGACUGGAGAACACAAUUUACUGUUGAUUAUCUGUUUAUCAAUUGUAUAUGAACCAUGUACCAAGUUAAUCAAAGCUGUAGCAACACAUCGAUUAUGUAAUUUUUCCAACAGUCCAUUCUGCUCGAAAAACAUACCACUGCUAUUUUUCUGUGUA